AUGGCGGAGGCUGUGAAUGGAGGCAGGGAAGAGAAAGGAUGGCGGGAGCGUAGCUGGUCAGGCGUGGAGGCCAAGCAUGAUUGGGAGUGGAGGGCAGGUGGGAGACCGGGCGAUGGCGGGGGCGUGGAAGAUGCGAGAGAGGGAAUGACCAGCGAGGUCGGCGCGAGGGGGAGCGUAGGUGGUGGUGGGAACAGCGGCAGUAUGAGGUUGCGAAGAGUAAAGAAUGUUGUGCGUGCUGUGGACGUUCUGGAUCAGUGGCGUGAGGUUGCCAAAAUGAAACUCGGAGGGCAGAACUCGGGCACUAGUCUGGUUGUACAACAGACUGGAAGACGCCAAAGGAAGUUGUUGAACUUCCUGAAUCAACCUGAAGAUGAGAAUGAAUCACAAUUGUCGAAACGUCGUGUAUUUGAAGAUUUAAUUACAAAUGAAAAUGUGACUUCUGUUCGGUCUGCGGAAUUUCUGAGCGCGUGGAAGGACAGUUGCCUUGUCCUCGCCUACAGUGGUGACCUCCCAUCGCCAGCGCAGUGGAAGCCUUGGGGGGGAAGGGAGCGAAUUUCAGUAGGCGACUCAGCAGACCGAACAAAGGUCAAUUUCUCUUCAGCCAGUAACACGGCAGUUUACGGGGAACUUGCGUAGGGACCUCGAGUACGCGAUUCUUAUGAGAAUAUUUGCUUAAAAAGGUUAGUGAACAGACGGGUAGUGUGGGUGAUUUCGAAAGUUUGUAAAAGUUUUAAUUUGAUUAGACGGUUAUUUCCUUGCGUGGUUAAGUAAUAUGUUAAUUUUUUUGCCUGGUUGGGUUUUGGUUGCUUGGCUAUAGUUAGCGGAAAGCGGUUAUUGAGAAUUUCAUGAGUAUUCUGUAGUAGUGAUGUGCCAAUGAAAAUGGCAAUGAAUAAGCGUUUGUGUCUGUAGCUUCCGCACGCAUAAUGGCAUUCAGGCUCAGAGAGAGGAGUCGAGCCAUGUCGGGGCGAUGCCCUGAUCUCUUGCGGCCUUCUCUCACCUCGGGUUUGCCGGAAAUUGCGGCCCUGAGUGAACGGCAAGGCGCUUAGUGUAUGUGGUUAGUAGUAGGUGUUUCAUAACUCCCAUCGCCAUGGUUACGAGUGGCUGAUCUCCGCGUUCGGAAGUCGGAGUGGUUUGCCAUAUACCAAAUAUGCGCUAGAUGCGCCUAGGACCUCUAUAUAUGCGCUUCGUAUGCCGAACGUUUUUUUCUACUCCAUAUCUAACUAAACACCUCAGGUUCUGAAAUUAGUAGUCAUAUAUUCGAAAAUGCCGUUGGAACUGAAGUUUCAACUGGUGGUUCGCGUUCUUCUCAUCAGAGCAUGAGCAGCGAUUAUAAACGAUAGGUGUACUUUUAUGCGUGUGCAAGCUAUUUACACGACGUACAGAUUGACUAACCGCGAGGAGGAGCUGGGAAAGAUGCACAAUGUCGAUUUGCGUCACCCGAGGCCGGUAACGAAGACGGCAGGUCGCUUUAUUUAAAUGACCCUUGGAUUGGUCUGAAACAGACUAGGAUGUGGGGCGGUUUUUUUCUUGAUUAUAAGAUUCGGUUAAUUUGUGUGAAUGAAUUGAGAGGAUUGGAAGGAUUAAUUUUGCCUCAAAACGUUACAAGGAUUGGCCUUUUGUUCGGAUAAACGCGUGAUUGAAAAUAUUUAGAUCCUGUAAGGUCGUGUUGGCAGUGAGGUAUUUAAUUGCAUUCAUGUUGAAUGGUUUGGCGUUCAGUGGGACGCCUGAGAGUGUUUGAAGUUAGGCGGACUGUUAUGUAAAAUAGGUCUAUUUGGUUAGUGGGUGACCAUGUGGUGCGCAUAUUUCGUGACUGGCUUUUUAGAUGGAUUUGGGAGGGUAGGUACACACAGAAGUUGACUGACCUAAACUUGGGGUUGCAUCUCCCAGCCCUUCAGAACAGGAACAUAAGAAUGUCAUGAAGAGAUGCAAGCAGUGAAAGUUCAGUUAAAAUGAAGAACUCUCAACGAGUGCGACCGUCGAAUCGAUGGGGAACGAGGGCUCGGACAUAUUCUUAACGAGUCUUUUGCCGAACCUCUAAGUCACUUUGAAGACGGCGUACAUGCAUUAUUACAUUGAGAACUGCAAGACGUAAAAAUUGUCACUUGGAGGUGUUCGGACAAAGGGUUCUCUAACCACAGAAGCUGUUGCUGUUGGUAUUGGGGUUCGAUGGCAUGUCGCAGUCAACCAUUUCGACGUAUGGCAGCCGGGGUAUGGAGUACUAAGGCCAUCACAUAUACCACAAAACAGUACAAGGAAGAAAGCACAGAUUAGUGACGCCUGUUGCAUUUCAAUACUUUUAUAAAUUUUAACUGGGAUGUUCGACGAUCGAAUUGUUUGGAUUUAAUAAAUGUGUGUAUUAAAAUGAUAUUGUUAAAGUGUUUGUAUAAAUUACGCUUGUUUAAUAGCAAGUGAUGCAAAUAAAAAUAUAAGAACUUUUA